AUGUUGCAGUUCCUCUACCAAGAAAGCCCGUCCUCCUUCGCGGAGCUGAUGUCCCUCCGCCGGCUGGACAGUCCCCCGAAGACCGAGGCCAGCCCGGAACAUAUCGAACGGUUCCAGUCACUAGCACCACCUUACCCCCCUGGCGAAACCGAUCGCGCAUUUGGGGGGCAUGUCUACGCACAAUCGGCCUACGCCGCCGCGCAGACGGUUGAGAAAGGCUUCAUCAUUCACGACAUGACGGGCACAUUCAUCCUCCCAGGUCAAUUAGACACUCCCUACGAAUACAGCGUACGCCACCUCCGCGACGGACGAAGCUACAGCACACGGGCCGUCGACGCACGGCAGAACGGCCAAAUCUGCUUCUCGGGACUGUGCUCCUUCAAACGGCGCGAGGAGGAGCCCGCCGGGUUCGUGCACCAACCCAUCCCAGCCCAAGAACGGUACGCCUCUCUCCUCACCGGCAAAGUCCCCGAGGACUUCGCGGUGUCUCCUGGGGUAGACGCGGACUUCUACAUCGAGUACUGGCGCGAGCAGUGGGAGAAGCACGGACUUGUGGAGCGUGAGUUCCCUGGCCUGGAAGCGCGGAAGGUCGAUAUGCGGUGCUACAACGAGACGGAGGAGGUGCGCGCGCAACCGGAUCGGUAUCGGCAGUUGACGUUCUAUGCGCUCAAGGGAAUGCCGGGGGAUGAUCCCGAGGGGUUUAAGGGCGGGGGCUUGGAGAGGGCGGAGGAGCUGAGGAGGAGGGAGCGGGAGGGCGAGUUUGAUAACUUGUAUGCGUGCGCGCAUAUGUAUGCGGCUGAUAAGAACUCGUUGUUGCUUAUCCCGCGGGCGCUGGGUAUGAGGGCUUGGAAUGCGUUGGCGAGUUUGACGCUUACUGUUGUGUUUCAUGAGCAUGGGGAGGCGUUGAGGAUGGUGGAUUGGGGGGCUGGGGAUGCGGGGGAGCAGAAGAAGAGGUGGUUUAUUCAGGAGGGGUGGACGCCUAGGUCGGGUGAGAAUCGCGCGAUCCAUGAGAGUUGGUUGUGGUCGCCUGAGGGGAGGUUGGUCGCUACGAGCUAUCAGGAUAGUUUGCUGAAGGCAGUGAGGCUGGAUAAGGAGAAGCUAUGA